GGACCCCCCUCCCCCUGGCAGCCACUGAAAACAUCCAUUCACUUUACACACAGUUUGUCAGGGCUGCUUUUCUCCUGAUAGCAGGACACACAAACUGCAGUGGAGCCUAACACUCAGUGGGAAACUCUCACUUUGGUCUCACAUUGUAAAUCAUCAGAGGCUCGCUGUCAAAAUGGAUGUCAUUCCCAUUUCUAUACACUCUCAUUUUAUGACAAAGCCUGCAGACAAACAAUGCAUACCUAGAUAGCAAUCAAUUUUGAUAUCUUCUCAUAGGAAAUUUAGAGCACAACUAAAGAGUGACAAAGAAUACAUUUUUUUUAUCCAUAAAUCCUUUCCUCAGAGGGACAAGUUUAUUUAUUAACACAUAUUACCUCAUAAAAUACGGGCAAAUCCCAAUAAAUUGGCUUAUUUUAACAUUGAUUGACACUUAUAUUGCAAGUUACCCAGCGAUGGAUUCAACAACACUAGCAACCUUUGCUGCUGCCACUACUAUUGCUGUGGUUUCUCAGUCUGUCAUGUCAGAAUACUUGUGGCUGUUGGUGGUAGGCUUCAUCAUUGCCUUCAUCUUGGCUUUCUCCGUGGGGGCCAAUGAUGUGGCCAACUCCUUCGGUACAGCAGUGGGUUCCGGGGUGGUCACUUUGCGGCAGGCCUGCAUCUUGGCCACCAUCUUUGAGACAGUGGGCUCAGUGCUGCUGGGAGCCAAAGUCAGCGAGACCAUCCGAAAGGGCAUCAUUGAUGUCCAGAUGUACAAUGGCUCGGAGCACAUUCUGAUGGCAGGAUCAAUAAGUUCAAUGUUUGGCUCUGCUGUGUGGCAACUGGCUGCAUCAUUCCUGAAGCUCCCCAUUUCUGGAACUCACUGUAUUGUUGGAGCCACAAUUGGUUUCUCCAUGGUAGCCAGAGGUCACCAAGGGGUCAAAUGGAUGGAGCUACUCCGCAUCGUGGCAUCCUGGUUCCUGUCACCUGUGCUGUCUGGCAUCAUGUCAGGAAUUCUCUUCUAUUUUGUUCGCAAAUAUAUUCUUAACAAGACUGAUCCUGUACCAAACGGCCUCAGAGCUCUUCCCAUCUUCUACGGCAUCACCAUGGGCAUCAACCUCUUCUCCAUCAUGUUUACAGGAGCACCAAUGCUCGGUUUUGACAGAAUGCCAUGGUGGGGUACACUGUGCAUUUCGCUGGGGUUUGCCUGUGUCACGGCUUUGGUCGUUUGGUUUGUUGUCUGUCCACGCCUCAAGAAGAAAAUCAGACGAGAAGCGGCUGCUGCUCCCUGUGAAACUCCACUAAUGGAGACGAACUCCAGCAGACCUGCACUAGAAGAGCAACCCUCAACAAUCUAUGACCCUCAACCUCAGACCCCUCCAGCAGAUAGUCAGAAGGUGGCUUUCCAACUUGGAGGCUCAGACGAGGCAGAUUUGGACAACAAUGAAAUGGAGACCAAAGACUUGGAUUUGAGUAAUGGGCUGAAUGGCACUGUUGGCCCCAUGAUGAUCACAGAUCCUCACAGCGGACGGUCCCACACAAUCCACAAAGAUUCUGGGCUUUACAAAGACCUACUACACAAACUUCACAAGGCCAAAGUUGGCGACUGCAUUGGCGACAGUGACACAGAGGAACGGCCCAUACGGAGAAACAACAGUUACACCUCAUACACCAUGGCCAUCUAUGGCAUUCAAGGAGAUCCUAAAUACAAGGAACAGGAUGGCGUGCUGCAGAGAAGACCAAGGGUGGACAGUUACAGCAGCUACAGCUCAGCAGUGACCACUGGGAGUUCAGUCCCCGAUCCGAGUGUGACGCAGGAAGCUGGCGGGGACCCUGUUGUGGAGGAGGAUGAGCUGGAGGUUGACCAACCAGCUGUUUCUUCGCUUUUCCAGUUCCUCCAGAUCCUCACGGCAUGCUUUGGCUCCUUUGCUCAUGGAGGGAAUGAUGUCAGCAAUGCAAUUGGUCCACUGGUGGCUCUUUGGCUUCUGUAUGAAAGUGGUUCUGUGGUGUCCAAUUCACCCACACCCAUCUGGUUGCUUCUGUAUGGUGGAGUGGGGAUCUGCGCUGGGCUGUGGGUAUGGGGCCGAAGGGUGAUCCAGACCAUGGGCAAAGACCUAACCCCGAUUACACCUUCUAGUGGAUUCAGCAUCGAGCUAGCUUCAGCAAUCACAGUUGUUGUGGCCUCCAAUGUUGGUCUUCCUGUCAGCACAACACACUGCAAGGUAGGAUCUGUGGUGGCUGUUGGAUGGCUGCGUUCCAGGAAAUCAGUUGACUGGCGUCUGUUCAGGAACAUCUUCAUCGCCUGGUUUGUUACAGUUCCUAUCUCCGGGCUGAUCAGUGCUGCCAUCAUGGCUAUCUUCAUAUAUGUUGUUCUGUGAGUGAGUGUCACAGUGUUCAGCUAGUCUGUCAGCACACUGUUACUUCAACCGAUGGACCACUACCAACAGUUAUUUUUUGA